GCAUGUACUUUUGGGCGAUGAUUUCGAUAUUGCAACAAACAUGACGACUAAAGCACUUGACACGCUACCUGAAAGGCUUGCUGUCGAGAUAAUACAUGGUAUCAAUCUAGUAACAGAACCAUACUUCAAUAGUGUACUGCAGCUGGAUAAAAUUGUAAACGACAAUCUCGACUAUUUCAACACGAUGGAGAGUAACAGGACGCAUAUUUUAACGCUAAUACCAAAUGCGACGACGCUUAUCGAAAAUAUACAAACGAAUUUAACGAAACUAUAUGAAGACAUGUGUGUGGAUAAAUCUGUUUCAUACUGUCAAGUGUUGAAUGUAAAGAAUAUGAAGAUCACAGAGAACUUUACGCAGAUCGUCGAUUUAUCAAAUACAACAUCGAGACUAUCUGGACUAUAUGAAGAUCAGCUUGAAAAGAAAGUAAAUCAGUCACGCAUGAAGAUUGCAACUAUCAGUGACGUCAUUGUCAAGUCAAGAAAUGACACUGCUAGUUCUGUUAAAAAUAUGACAAAAGAAAUUAAGGAAUUCAAAGAGAAAAUGCUAAAUUCAGUUGAUGCUACCAAAGAUAUGGUAAGUUGAUUAGUUUGCAUAGUUUUUAUGGGGCAGCUUCUGAAUCAAAGAGGACCUGCAAAAUCUACACAAGCAUCAGUUGAUUACAAGAGCG